AUGAUCCGUUUAGCUCAGCAAACACAAGUACUGAAGGGCAAACCCCCAAAUCAGUUUGUUCCACACCAGACAAAGAAUUCGCUGACUCAUCCGAUGAAAUUUAACGGUACAAUCGCUAUGGAACACCAUGAACACAACUAUGCCAUUCCUUACACACCUGCUACUUUUAAUAAUCCAGCCCUCGCUACGUAUCAGGUGAGCCCAGCCAACCAUUUUGUUCCUCACUUUGGUGGCAACAUUGGAGCCAACAAUAACAAUCGUGUAGCUCAAAAUAACAGCAAUAAUAGUAACAAUCAUCAUAACAAUAAUCGUAAUCAUCACAACAAUAACAAUCGUAACCAUCAUCAAAAUAACCAUCAUCAUAACAAGUACAGUAACUCCAACCAAGGCAACUCAAUUAGUCCAGACUCCCCAUGGUUUCAUAAGGUUUGCGCCUUCGAAGAUUGCGUUUCACAGACACUUUACAUGUCGCAGACUCCAAGGCGUCAAAACAUGAAACAUCAUUCGGAACAUCCAAAUUCCAACGCUAAUCCAUUAUUUUGGGAUUCUAUAGGUAGAGCGAUGGGGUUGUAUCAUGAUCUACUCACUACACCAGAAUUGAAUUCGGAUCGUGUUUCUAAACUUGUGCACCUACUUCACAAUGGGUUGAGAGCUAAUAGAAACCAAUUGACGAGAAUGAACAAGAAACCUGAUUACGACUCUCAAUCUUUCCACAAAGAAAUGACGAACUAUCUCUGCAAAUCUUUGAGAGAGAUCUCGGAAGAUGUUCUGAACGGCAAGGUGGAGUUGAACGAAUACGGUGCUAUGCAUUUAAUAACUGCGUUUAAGGAGCUUCUGUUGUUUGAGGAAGCUGUCGAUAUAUGGAAGGCCGCCAUCAAUGGCCAAAAUACCUACACAUCUAAUAUUUUUCUGAAUCCAAGAGUGGUCGGUGUUAUAUUACCUAUCUUAUACGACAAUGGUGUUUCUUAUCCAGAAAUUCAAGCUCUAUAUGAAAAAUCCUCUUCGAUGAUUAAUUAUUUCCAUCCAAAUCUUUCUGUUGGGAUGAUCAGAGCCUCUUUAUCUGCUAGCGAAAACGAUAUGGCUCUCAAACUAUUUCAAAAAUUAUGUCAAGAAUCAACUGAAAUGAAAUACGGCUAUUUGAUAGAAACACAUCUUUCCUUCAUUGGUGAAUGCAAAGACUUGAAUGUCGCGCAAACCUUUUUUGACAAAGCUUUAAAUGAUGAAAUGCCAUACAAGAUAGAUUUGCAAGUUUCUUACGUGAAAUCCUUUUUAAGAAACAUUUGGAGCCAAACCCGUGAUUUUAACCACAUUUACCAAAUCUGGUAUAAGUCUUCUCUUCAUUAUGGUAGGAAUGUCAACCAUGGUAUUUCUUCAUCUUUGAAUGACACUUUUUUCGACAUUUUUUUUGAAAAUUAUGCUGUGGACAAGAUGCAAGGUUUUCGAACUUUACAGAAUGUUAUUCAAACUUACAACAACAUCAAGCAUAUAGAUGAACCUUUUUUCAACAUCAUCUUGGCUAAAUGCACUGUCUGGCAUGACCGCAGUAUUUUGGAAUACAUCGAUAAGAGUUACGAGGCUUAUCACAUCCCCAAGACCAUAGUUGCUUAUAGAAUCCUAUUAAAGUCUAUGGGAUCUGUCGAUGAUGCUUCAAAUACAGAAAUUCUUCAAAGAUGGAUGGAUUUAAUCCGCAAAUCAGAUGAAAUUGGCCAAAGAUUCAUUGCCAAUGCGGAUUGGGCAGCUUUGAGAGAUGCUACUGUCACAUGGACUCAAAAUGACAGAGAUUCUAAGAAAAGUAACAUGAACAGUGCACAAAUAAGCAGAACUGCAACUCCUUCGCCAUCUUUAACGCCAAUGGAUACGCCAACAUCUGAGCAUUUGUUCAACAAUCCUCAAAACCAAAUGGACUUCUACUCUCACCCAGCAUUACAAGCGGCGACUGCUUCUGGCGCGUUUGAUGAAUUUGCUGCAGACGCUACUUCUUCAUCGAUGCCCGUUGACGGCAGAAUGGUUUUGUAUUUGAAAAUUGUUAAACGUUAUUCUCCAUAUUGCCGUGAUUCCAGACAGCUGGCCAGAUUAACCACAGGCACCGCUGUCAAAUAUUCCGUGUUGCAAGAGGUUUUGAACCAAUUCCAAGCCUUAAUCGUUAACGAUAUUCCUAUUCCUGAAUUACAUAAUUUGAAGCCAACGUGUGUUUAA